CUGCGUUCUCUGCACUCUCUUUUCACCCAUUCAUUCAUCAUUCUCUUUUCACCCGCGCUUCGUGUCGGUUCGCAUCGGACAAUAUAUGAACGAAAAUAUUGCAGUCGCCGGGAAAAAAUAACACGAAAUGGUUUUUGGGUUUCCUGCCAAGUAAAGAAACUUCGAUAAAUCAUUAAUUCUGCAAAUCAAUGCGAAGAGUUUGCCUUUUAGCAAUGUGCGGGUAGAAAUCCAUAGGCAACAACAACUCGUGUGACACCCAAGGCAGCCUGUGCUAGUGCGAGUGCGAGAGAGGUGGUCGGUCGUGCGUCUCACUCUAACCACCGGAGCCGCCGACGACGACGCGUACGCAACAAACGAAAAUAAACGGCGAGCAAAAGGAGAGAAAGAACAAAUAACGCCCACCGUAGCACCCCCCGCGAAGAAGAGGAAGCAGCAGUAGUAUCAGCAGCACAAGCUGAAGCAAAAGCAGACGGCAGAAUUGGAGCUUUGCGCAGAAAUCGAUUUUUUUGCCCAUUUUAAGAGAUUUUCGGGAGCCUCUCCCACUGCCGAAAAUCGUUUAUCGCGUGCGUGUAACUGUGCCUGUGCGUGCGACUCGUCAGUGUGUGUGUGCGAAAGUGAAACAAACCAAAUCGAAAGAAAAAAGCUUCAAAUUAUAUAUUGUUUUUAAAAAAGCAGCAAUCUCGCCGCGCCGUGAGUCACAAGAAAUAACGAAGCAAAAAAUUAAUUCAGCAGCAGCUUUAGCUUUUUAGCUGCUGGCAUUGAAGAGGUGCUCUGCCACUGCCUCUGCCGUCGUCGCCGUCGACGUCGCUGCUGCCGCCCGCAACCACGCGCUCUCUUUGCCUUCUCCGUCUCCCCCAUCCCUUUCGCAUACCAACGGCGAAAUAACGACACACACACAAUAAGGAAUAAUAAUAUCAAACAAAAAUUGCAGCAAAAAUAGUGCCCGUUUAGUAAAAGAUACUAAAAUUAAACCAGAAAAGAGAGAGGUGGAAAAUCAAUAAAGAGAUUCCUCUUUAUCUCUCUCACUUUGCAGUGGGAAAAACGUGCAAACAAGUUAAAAAGCAAGCUGCAAAAGCGAAUAAUAAACUCCGCGCGCGCUUACACGUGUGUGGUUUAUAUGUGUGUGUAUUAGUGUGCGUUAACGUUUAACUGCUAAUCGCAAAACGCAAUCUGUGAAACCGCGCAACAAAAGCUUACGUAAACCUCCAUAAAAAACAUCAACGAAGAAACCCAGAGAUAAAAUAACAAAAAACACGAAACACAAAACUACAAAAUCAAAAGUCCCCAAAGAAACUCUAAAAAACGGAUUACUUUCAAGGAGGAAAACCCCCAAGACUCGCCCAUAUCCUACCAGAAUCGAAAAACAGUGAAAGCCACCAAAACCCCCAAAUUAAAAACCAGACACAACGAUGACUAAGGACAGAUUAGCCGCUCUCCAUGCCGCCCAAUCCGACGAUGAGGAGGAGACGGAGGUGGCCGUCAAUGUGGAUGGCCAUGACUCGUACAUGGACGAUUUCUUCGCCCAGGUGGAGGAGAUUCGCGGUAUGAUCGACAAAGUGCAGGAUAAUGUCGAGGAGGUGAAGAAGAAGCACUCGGCCAUCCUGUCCGCCCCGCAAACGGACGAGAAGACCAAGCAGGAGCUGGAGGAUCUGAUGGCCGACAUCAAGAAGAACGCCAAUCGGGUGCGGGGCAAGCUCAAGGGCAUCGAGCAGAAUAUCGAGCAGGAGGAGCAGCAGAACAAGUCGUCGGCGGAUCUGCGUAUCCGCAAGACGCAGCACUCGACGCUGUCGCGAAAGUUUGUCGAGGUGAUGACGGAAUACAAUCGCACCCAGACCGACUACCGAGAGCGCUGCAAGGGAAGGAUACAGCGCCAGCUGGAGAUCACCGGCCGGCCGACAAACGACGAUGAACUGGAGAAGAUGCUGGAGGAGGGCAACUCGUCGGUGUUCACGCAGGGCAUCAUCAUGGAGACGCAGCAGGCGAAACAGACGCUGGCGGAUAUCGAGGCCCGGCACCAGGACAUCAUGAAGCUGGAGACAUCGAUUAAGGAGCUGCACGACAUGUUCAUGGACAUGGCCAUGUUGGUGGAGUCGCAGGGCGAAAUGAUCGAUCGCAUUGAGUACCAUGUGGAGCACGCUAUGGACUAUGUGCAGACGGCAACUCAGGAUACCAAGAAGGCGCUCAAGUACCAGAGCAAAGCCCGCCGAAAGAAGAUCAUGAUACUGAUCUGCCUCACUGUGCUGGGCAUCUUAGCGGCCUCAUAUGUUAGCAGUUAUUUCAUGUAAAUCUCGAAUGCAAUUACUUAUAUGCCAGACACACCCACAUCCCCCCACAACAUACACACACACACACACACACACCCCAAUAUCAUUGAGUAAAGAACCCCUUUAUAGGAUGUUGCGCAACCCACCCAGAGAAAAAGAUAAAAAAUCGAAAAACUUAAACUGUAAGAGAUCGCAACCAGUGAAGACAGACACACACAUGAUUAGCAGGGCUCGGAUUACACCAAUUAUAGCUAAUAUAUAUAGAGAAAUAUGUAUGGUUAGUUCGGUUAUAUACAAACAAAAGAGUCUCCAGAGUCUAAACCCUUAUAUACACACGCAAAAAAAGAAGUUAGCUAUCAGAACAUUAAGUAAAUAAAACGAAAUGCUAAUUCAAAAUGUAAAACAAACGAAAAGAGGUAAAAAAAAUACACGACUCUAAAAAAAGUA